AGCCUGGAAGAGGCGGACAAGCGCAUUGACGAGCUGGCAGCCAGCGGGAAGCUGGACCCCGCCCUGCUGCUCAUGAUGGCCAAGGCGUAUGCCGGCUCCAAGGAGACGGAUGCGACAAAGGAGGAGGUCAAAGACAUCAUGGCGCAUCUCUAUUUCAAAGCCAAGGAGAGCUUUGCGCAGCAGGCGCCCAAGGAGGUGCGCAUCCUCAAGUACCUCCUCACCAUAGAGAGCGAGCGGGACCGGGCAGAGCUGCUGGCGCAGGCGUUCCAGCCGGGGCCGCAGCUGCAGGCGGGCGAGGUGGACUACCUGUGCACCACGCCCCCCGAGCUGCUCAACACCAUUGAGAACGUGCUGACACUGUACGACACCAGCCGCAGCAGGGGCACGAUGGCGGGGGAGGCGGCAUCGCUGAUGAGCCCAGAG